AGGGAGUCCUCGUGUUAAGGUCACCCCAGCUUAUAAAGAGGAGCAGUGUGCCCCCGCUCUCAGCCUGGAGAUGAAGAGACCCAUAGACCUGGAGGCACCCAUCACCAGGUAGGAUAGUCUAACACACACACACACACACACACACACACACACACACACACACACACACACACACACACACACACACACACACACGUAAACACACACACACACACACACACACACACACACACACGUAAACACACACACACACACGUAAACACACACACACACACAACACACACACACGUAAACACAAACACACACACACACACACACACACACACACACACACACACGUAAACACACACACACACACACACACACACGUAAACACAAACACAAACACACACACACACACACAUACAUACACACCUACACACAACUCACACAUACACAACUCACACUCAAACACCAACUGGACACUGAAGUGUGUUUAGUUUGCAAGUAAACACUGGUCUAGUUUUUGCCCAUCAUAAAUCUAGUUAGUUUUCCAUUCUGGACUGGUGUAUUCUGGACUGGUGCAUGGUACUUCCUUCAGUCACUGUGUACAUUUAUGUGCUGAAUAGAUUUCAUACUCCUCUUCCCAAACCAAUUUGUGGCUUCUGCAAAUUAUAUAACUACGUGUGGCUUCGGCUUUGCACAUUCCUCCUCUAGUCCAUGUGGACUUCAGUAGGACAUUAAGGAUCUAUUCCUCCUCGCUUUUCCUUCGCGUGGUGUGUGCAUCCUUCCAGUAGCCUGGCUUUAGGGCUGCAUGCCUGGAGUGAACUGAGGAGGGAAGCUCAGCUCUCUCUCUCUCUCUCUGUCUCUGUCUCUGUCUCUGUCUCUGUCUCUCUCUCUCUGUCUCUCUGUCUCUCUGUCUCUCUGUCUCUCUGUCUCUCUGUCUCUCUGUCUCUCUGUCUCUGUCUCUGUCUCUGUCUCUGUCUCUGUCUCUGUCUCUCUCUCUCUCUCUGUCUCUGUCUCUGUCUCUGUCUCUGUCUCUCUCUCUCUCUGUCUGUCUCUCUCUCUCUCUCUCUCUCUCUCUGUCUCUCUCUCUGUCUCUCUCUCUGUCUCUCUCUCUGUCUCUCUGUCUCUCUCUCUCUCUCUCUCUCUGUCUCUCUCUCUCUCUGUCUCUGUCUCUCUCUCUGUCUCUGUCUCUCUGUCUCUCUAUCUCUCUCUGUGUGUCUCUCUCACCUUGUCUGUCUCUCUCACCAUCUUUGUCUCUGUCUGUCUCUCUCUCUCUCUCUCUCUCUCUCUCUCUCUCUCUCUCUCUCUCUCUCUCUCUCUCUCUGUCUCUCUCUCUGUCUCUGUCUCCUCAGUAUGCAGUCUCUUCAGGAGGAUCUGUUGGUGUCUACAGCUGAUGGCUACCUCCACAUCCUCCACUGGGAUGGAGUCAGCAACGGCAGGAAGGCCAUCAGUCUCUGUACCGUACCUUUCUCCCUGGACCUACAGUCUGCCAGAGGUCAGUCACAAUCACUAUAUCAAAUACCAUCCUCUCCCCACCUCACCUACUCUUUACCCAAACCUUACCUACCACCCUUAGCCCUACCAGUCCCUGUAAGCCAACCUCUCCCCCCCGUAUCCAGCCAUGUGUACAUAAUGAUCUGUACCUACAGUGAGGGGAAAAAAAGUAUUUGAUCCCCUGCUGAUUUUGUACGUUUGCCCACUGACAAAGACAUGAUCAGUCUAUAAUUUUAAUGGUAUGUUUAUUUGAACAGUGAGAGACAGAAUAACAACAAAAAAAUCCAGAAAGACUUAUGUCAAAAAUGUUAUAAAUUGAUUUGCAUUUUAAUGAGGGAAAUAAGUAUUUGACCCCUCUGCAAAACAUGACUUAGUACUUGGUGGCAAAACCCUUGUUGGCAAUCACAGAGGUCAGACGUUUCUUGUAGUUGGCCACCAGGUUUGCACACAUCUCAGGAGGGAUUUUGUCCCACUCCUCUUUGCAGAUCUUCUCCAAGUUAUUAAGGUUUCGAGGCUGACGUUUGGCAACUCGAACCUUCAGCUCCCUCCACAGAUUUUCUAUGGGAUUAAGGUCUGGGGACUGGCUAGGCCACUCUAGGACCUUAAUGUGCUUCUUCUUGAGCAACUCCUUUGUUGCCUUGGCAGUGUGUUUUGGGUCAUUGUCAUGCUGGAAUACCCAUCCACAACCCAUUUUCAAUGCCCUGGCUGAGGGAAGGAGGUUCUCACCCAAGAUUUGACGGUACAUGGCCCGUCCAUCGUCCUUUUGAUGCGGUGAAGUUGUCCUGUCCCCUUACCAGAAAAACACCCCCAAAGCAUAAUGUUUCCACCUCCAUGUUUGACGGUGGGGAUGGUGUUCUUGGGGUCAUAGGCAGCAUUCCUCCUCCUCCAAACACGGCGAGUUGAGUUGAUGCCAAAGAGCUCAAUUUUGGUCUUAUCUGACCACAACACUUUCACCCAGUUCUCCUCUGAAUCAUUCAGAUGUUCAUUGGCAAACUUCAGACGGGCCUGUAUAUGUGCUUUCUUGAGCAGGGGGACCUUGCGGGCGCUGCAGGAUUUCAAUCCUUCACGGCGUAGUGUGUUACCAAUUGCUUUCUUGGUGACUAUGGUCCAAGCUGCCUUGAGAUCAUUGACAAGAUCCUCCCGUGUAGUUCUGGGCUGAUUCCUCACCGUUCUCAUGAUCAUUGCAACUCCACGUGAGAUCUUGCAUGGAGCCCCAGGCCGAGGGAGAUUGACAGUUCUUUUGUGUUUCUUCCAUUUGUGAAUAAUCACACCAACUGUUGUCACCUUCUCACCAAGCUGCUUGGCGAUGGUCUUGUAGCCCAUUCCAGCCUUGUGUAGGUCUAUAAUCUUGUCCCUGACAUCAUUGGAGAGCUCUUUGGUCUUGACCAUGGUGGAGUGUUUGGAAUCUGAUUCAUUGAUUGCUUCUGUGGACAGUUGUCUUUUAUACAGGUAACAAGCUGAGAUUAGGAGCACUCCCUUUAAGAGUGUGCUCCUAAUCUCAGCUCGUUACCUGUAUAAAAGACACCUGGGAGCCAGAAAUCUUUCUGAUUGAGAGGGGGUCAAAUACUUAUUUCCCUCAUUAAAAUGCAAAUCAAUUUAUAACAUUUUUGACAUGCGGUUUUCUGGAUCUUUUUGUUAUUCUGUCUCUCACUGUUCAAAUAAACCUACCAUUAAAAUUAUAGACUGAUAAUUUCUUUGUCAGUGGGCAAACGUACAAAAUCAGCAGGGGAUCAAAUACUUUUUUCACUCACUGUACAUCCAUCUGUCCAUGUGUUUAGAUGCAGCCCCCUCGUUGUGUUUAGAUGCAGCCCCCUCGUUGUGUUUUAGAUGCAGCCCCCUCGUUGUGUUUAGAUGCAGCCCCCUCGUUGUGUUUUAGAUGCAGCCCCCUCGUUGUGUUUUAGAUGCGGCCCCCUCGUUGUGUUUUAGAUGCAGCCCCCUCGUUGUGUUUUAGAUGCAGCCCCCUCGUUGUGUUUUAGAUGCAGCCCCCUCGUUGUGUUUUAGAUGCAGCCCCCUCGUUGUGUUUUAGAUGCAGCCCCCUCGUUGUGUUUUAGAUGCGGCCCCCUCGUUGUGUUUUAGAUGCAGCCCCCUCGUUGUGUUUUAGAUACAACCCCCUCAUUGUGUUUUAGAUGCAGCCCCCUCGUUGUGUUUUAGAUGCGGCCCCCUCGUUGUGUUUUAGAUGCGGCCCCCUCGUUGUGUUUUAGAUGCAGCCCCCUCGUUGUGUUUUAGAUGCAGCCCCCUCGUUGUGUUUUAGAUGCAGCCCCCUCGUUGUGUUUUAGAUACAGCCCCCUCGUUGUGUUUUAGAUGCGGCCCCCUCGUUGUGUUUUAGAUGCGGCCCCCUCGUUGUGUUUUAGAUGCAGCCCCCUCGUUGUGUUUUAGAUGCAGCCCCCUCGUUGUGUUUUAGAUGCAGCCCCCUCGUUGUGUUUUAGAUGCAGCCCCCUCGUUGUGUUUUAGAUGCAGCCCCCUCGUUGUGUUUUGUCUGAUGAGUUUGUUUAUGUGUACGUCUCUGCAGGUGGUCUGUGUCUGGACCUGAAGGGGAUGUACAUCAGAGACAUGACGUACUGUGUGACUCUGGAUGGCUUUGCUGUGGUGCUGGAUGAUGGCAGGCUGGGGUUCAUCACUCCUGUAGCCAACAGGAUCACCGCAGACGUAAGAACUGUGGGAGAGGUUUGUGUGUGUGCUUUGCUGUAGUGCACACACAAUGCAGCAGAGUUUUGUGAAUCAUGUUAAACAAUGAAGCAUAACGACUGUGUGAUAAUGUAUGUGGAAAAAAGAGAUUGAAAGUGAAGGCAGAGGUGUGUGUGUGUGUGUGUGUGUGUGUGUGUGUGUGUGUGUGUGUGUGUGUGUGUCAGAGGGAAGAGCAGUGAUCUGAAUGGCCUUGUCUUCUCCAGCAGCUGCAGGGCGUCUGGGCAGCAGAUGUAACAGACGGCACGUGUGUGGCAGUCAACAAUAAGUACAGACUGAUGACAUUUGGCUGUGCCAGGUACGUGUGUCUGGGAACCGGUCUAUCUUUGUGUGAUUGGUGUGCAGAUUGUGUGCAGCACUGUCAGAACUAUUUUCUCUUUCACUCUCUCGCUCUCUCUCUUGCUCUUUCAUGCUCUCUUCUUCUGCUCUCCUCUCUUUCAAUCUCUCUCUGCUCUCUGACUCUCUCCCUCUCCUCUUCGCUCUUCUCUCGCUCUAUCCUCUACCUCUCUUGCACUCUUCUCUCUCUCACUCUCUCUCUCUUGUCACUCUCUUCUCGCACUCUCUCUCCUCCCUCUCUUCGCCUUUCACUCUCUCGACCUCUCUCUCUCUGCCUCUCUCACUUCUCUCUCCCCUCUCUCCUCUCGCUCUCUCUUCCUCUCUCGCUCUACUUUCACUCUUCCUCUUCAUGCUCUCUCUCUCUCUCGCUCAUCUUCUCCUCCUCUCUCUUCUCACUCUUCUCUCACUCUCUCCGCUCUUUCACUCUCUCGCCUCUCUCUCUCUCUCUCGCUCUCUCGCUCUCUAUCCUCUCUCUCCUCUACUCUUUCUCUUUCUUUUUUUAUGCUCUCUCUUUCACUCUCUUCUCGCUCUUUCUUUCACUCUCUCGCUUCUUUCACCCCUCUUCAUCUCGCUCUUUCACUCUCUCUCGCUCUUUUCACUCUCGCUCCUUUUCAACUUCGCUCUCUUUCAUCUCUCGCUCUUUCACUCUCUCUCACUCUCAUUUCACUCUGUCCCUCUCUUUCACUCGCUCUCUCCUCUCUCUCGCUCUUUCACUCUCUCUUUCACUCUCUCGCUCUCUUUCUCUCUACUUCUCGCUCUUUCACUCUCUAUUUCACUCUCUCGCUCUCUUCACUCUCUUUUCACUCUCUCGCUUCUUUCACUCUCUCUCGCUUCUUUCAUCUCUCUUUCACUCUCUCGCUCUUUCACUCUCUCUCGCUCUCUUUCACUCUCUCUUUCACUCUCUCUCGACUCUCUUUCACUCUCUCUUUUCACUCUAUCGCUUCUCUUUUUCCUCUCUGCUCUCUCUUUCACUCUCUCUUUCACUCUCUCGCUCUCUUUCACUCUCUCUUUCACUCUCUCUCGCUCUCUUUCACUCUCUCUCGCUCUCUUUCACUCUCUCUUUCACUCUCUCGCUCUCUUUCACUCUCUCUCGCUCUCUUUCACUCUCUAUUUCACUAUGUCUCGCUCUCUUUCACUCUCUCUUUCACUCUCUCGCUCUCUUUCUCUCUCUCUCUCGCUCUCUUUCACUCUCUCUUUCACUCUCUCGCUCUCUUUCACUCUCUCUCGCUCUCUUUCACUCUCUCUCGCUCUCUUUCACUCUCUCUUUCACUCUCUCGCUCUCUUUCUCUCUCUCUCGCUCUCUUUCACUCUCUCUUUCACUCUCUCGCUCUUUCUCUCUCUCUCUCUCUCUCUCUCGCUCUUUCACUCUCUCGCUCUCACUCUCUUUCACUCUCUCGCUCUUUCAUGCUCUCUCGCUCUCGCUCUCUUUCACUCGCUCUCUUUCACUCGCUCUCUCUCUCUCUCGCUCUCACUCUCUCGCUCUUUCACUCUCUCGCUCUCUUUCACUCACACUCUCUCUCGCUCUCUUUCACUCUCUCUCGCUCUUUCACUCUCUCUCGCUCUCUUUCACUCUCUCUUUCACUCUCUCGCUCUCUUUCACUCUCUCUCGCUCUCUUUCACUCUCUCUUUCACUCUCUCGCUCUCUUUCACUCUCUCGCUCUCUUUCACUCUCUCGCUCUCUUUCACUCUCUCUUUCACUCUCUCUCGCUCUCUUUCACUCUCUCUUUCACUCUCUCUCGCUCUCUUUCACUCUCUCUUUCACUCUCUCUCGCUCUCUUUCACUCUCUCUUUCACUCUCUCUUUCACUCUCUCUCGCUCUCUUUCACUCUCUCUUUCACUCUCUCGCUCUCUUUCACUCUCUCGCUCUCUCUCGCUCUCUCGCUCGCUCUCCCUACCCUCUUUCAGUCUGUAUCUCUUGAUUGUGUAAUUAGCGUUCCACUGAAGCAGAUAGGUGGUGGCUACGGAGGCCUGUGGUGAUAAUGUCAGCAGGUCACGCCUGGCUACAGAGUCCUGUACUGCUGAGGUCAGCAGGAGACAGAGAGAACCUGAGUGACAGACAGUAGAUGGCAGUGAUUUCAAUCUCCAACCUUUCAUAUUCAUUGAAUGCUCAUGUUGCCUUAUUUCAGCGGUUGUUUUUCAUUCAGGAAAUGUAGGCUAAUUGUAUUGAAUGAUGUAUUGAAUCCACUGGCCGUGUUUCUCUCUGUGUUCCAGUGGCUCAGUGUUGGUGUACAGUAUCGACACCACUACAGGGUCCAUGCAGCUCUCCCACAAGCUGGAGCUCAGCCCUAAACACUACCCUGGUAUGUACAAACCCCUAAACACUACCCUGGUAUGUACAAACCCCUAAACACUACCCUGGUAUGUACAAACCCCUAAACACACUACCCCGGUAUGUCUAUCUACCACCUGACACUACCCCGGUACCUCUGUCUAUCUACCACCUGACACUACCCCGGUAUGUCUGUCUAAUUACCACCUGACACUACCCCGGUACCUCUGUCUAUCUACCACCUGACACUACCCCGGUACCUCUGUCUAUCUACCACCUGACACUACCCUGGUACCUCUGUCUAUCUACCACCUGACACUACCCCGGUAUGUCUGUCUAAUUACCACCUGACACUACCCCGGUACCUCUGUCUAACUACCACCUGACACUACCCUGGUACCUCUGUCUAACUACCACCUGACACUACCCCGGUAUGUCUGUCUAAUUACCACCUGACACUACCCUGGUAUGUCUGUCUAACUACCACCUGACACUACCCCGGUAUGUCUGUCUAACUACCACCUGACACUACCCCGGUAUGUCUGUCUAUCUACCACCUGACACUACCCUGGUACCUCUGUCUAACUACCACCUGACACUACCCCGGUAUGUCUGUCUAACUACCACCUGACACUACCCUGGUAUGUCUGUCUAAUUACCACCUGACACUACCCCGGUAUGUCUGUCUAAUUACCACCUGACACUACCCUGGUAUGUCUGUCUAACUACCACCUGACACUACCCUGGUACCUCUGUCUAACUACCACCUGACACUACCCCGGUAUGUCUGUCUAAUUACCACCUGACACUACCCUGGUAUGUCUGUCUAAUUACCACCUGACACUACCCCGGUAUGUCUGUCUAACUACCACCUGACACUACCCUGGUAUGUCUGUCUAAUUACCACCUGACACUACCCCGGUAUGUCUGUCUAAUUACCACCUGACACUACCCCGGUAUGUCUGUCUAUCUACCACCUGACACUACCCUUGUAUGUCUGUCUAACUACCACCUGACACUUGCUCAUGUAUAUUACCUUUUAUACAAACUACUCUCCAGUCUCACACAUUGGUUUUAUUGUAAAUAGUGUCAUGUUUUGGUUUCGACUGGAAAGUGCAGGUGGUAUUUAGUUCCCCUCAACACAAGCUGUGUAGAGACAGAAUCAGUGGAUUACAUGUUAUGGUAUGCGUCUGCCCCCUAGUGGAAGUAAAUGGUAUAGAAUGACAGUACAGUGUGAAAUCUUAUUGACCUAUACAUUUACAUUUUAGUCAUUUAGCAGACGCUCUUAUCCAGAGCGACUUACAGUUAGUGAGUUUUUUUUUCUUCAUACUGGAUUCGAACCCACAACCCUGGCGUUGCAAACACCAUGCUCUACCAACUGAGCUACAUCCCUGCCGGCCAUUCCCUCCCCUACCCUGGACGACGCUGGGCCAAUUGUGCGCCGCCCCAUGGGUCUCCCGGUCGUGGCCGGCUACGACAGAGCCUGGAUUCGAACCAGGAUCUCUAGUGGCACAGCUAGCACUGCGAUGCAGUGCCUUAGACCACUGCGCCACUCGGGAGUCAAGUAUCUAUCAUAUCAUAACCCUGAGCUCUAUUUCAUCAUGGGAAUUGUCAAGCUGGAGACCCUGCAACCUAUCUAUGUCAACAAGUGGUGAAUCAAGCGGUGGACUCUCAUACCCGUUUCAUACUGCCGAGCGUAGCUGUACUGUGCUGGUCUAGAAAUGUUACAGGAGUUAGGCCGGAAAAAACAAUGUGAGAAGAAUAUAUCCAGGAACCGUACGGUUUGGUUCAACAGGAUUGCGUUAAAAGGGUAUUUAACAAAACCUCCUUACUACAGAAAAUAUUCCUGUCUGACCUGUCAUGUCCGUUUCUCCUCUCCUCCUCAGACGUGUGGAACAAGACGGGCGCGGUAAAGCUGAUCCGCUGGUCCCCCGACUACAGUGUUGCCAUGGUGACCUGGGAGUGCGGGGGGCUGUCUCUGUGGAGUGUGUUCGGAGCCCACCUCAUCUGUACCCUGGGGGAGGACUUCGCGUGAGUGAUGCCUUCUUCAAGUAGUACUCUAGCCUAUAGCACAAUUACCUCUGCAGUUCAGUCAGCUACACAGUUGUAGAUGGAUAGACGCAACUUUAUUUGCCUUCAAAAGGGAAUUUGUCUCCCACAUAUAGAAGCAUUGGCAAUGUAGAAAACAGAUUCAGACCCCUUCACAUUUUCCACAUUUUGUUACUUUACAGCCUUAUUCUAAAAUGGAUUAAAUAAUUUUUUCCCUCAAUCUACACACAAUACCCCAUCAUGACAAAGCGAAAACAGGUUUUUAGAAAUGUUUGCAAAUGUAUUAAAAAUAAAAAAUGUAUCACAUUUACAUACGUCCACCUUUGGUAAAUUCAAUUGAUUGGACAUGAUUUGGAAAGGCACACCUGUCUAUAUAAGGUCCCACAGUUGACAGUGCAUGUCAGAGCAAAAACCAAGUCGUGAGGUCGAAGGAAUUGUCAGUAAAGCGCAGAGACAGGAUUGUGUCGAGGCACAGAUCUGGGGAAGGGUACCAAAAAAUGUCUGCAGCAUUGAAGGUCCCCAAGAACACAGUGUCCUCCAUCAUUCUGAAAUUGAAGAAGUUUGGAACCACCAAGACUCUUCCAAGAGCUGGCCGCCCGGCCAAACUGAGCAAUCGGGGGAGGUGGCCUUGGUCAGGGAGGUGACCAAGAACCCAAUGGUCACUCUGACAGAGCUCUAGAGUUCCUCUGUUGAGAUGGGAGAACCUUUCAGAAGGACAACCAUCUCUGCAGCACUCCACCAAUCAGGCCUUUAUGGUAGAGUGGCCAGACGGAAGCCACUCCUCAGUAAAAGGCACAUGACAGCCCGCUUGGAGUUUGCCAAAAGGCACCUAAAGGACUCUCAGACCAUGAGAAACAAGAUUCUCUGGUCUGAUGAAACCAAGAUUCAGAGCGCUCAGGACCUCCGACUGGGGCGAUGGUUCACAUUUCAACAGGACAACGACCCUAAGCACACAGCCAGGACAACGACCCUAAGCACACAGUCAAGACAACGCAGGAGGGGCUUCGGGACAAGUCUCUGAAUGUCCUUGAGUGGCUCAGCCAGAGCCCGGACUUGAACCCGAUCAAACAUUUCUGGAGAGACCUGAAAAUAGCUGUUCAGCGAUGCUUCCCAUCCAACCUGACAGAGCUUGAGAGGAUCUGCAGAGAAGAAUGGGAGAAACUCUCCAAAUACAGGUGUGCCAAGCUUGUAGCGUCAUACCCAAGAAGACUCAAGGCUGUAAUCGCUGCCAAAGGUGCUUCAACAAAGUACAGAGUAAAGGGUCUGAAUACUUGUGUAAAUGUCAUAUUUCAGUUUUACAUUUUUUAUAAAUUUGCACACAUUUCUAAAAACCUGUUUUUGCUUUGUCAUUAUGGGGUAUUUUGUGUAGAUUGAUGGGGGGGGGGGGCUAUUUUAAUCAAUUUUUAGAAUAAGGCUGUAACAUAACAAAAUGUUUAAAAAGUGAAGGGGUCUGAAUACUCUCCGAAAUGCACUGUAGAUGUAAACAUUCCAUACAACAAAAACAAGACCACGGUACAGACUGAAGAUGGCGCUCUUUCAUUGAUUUCUUAUAGUAUUCUGCCGUCCCAUCUCUCUCCAGGUAUCGGUCAGACGGCACUAAAAAGGACCCUAUAAAUAUCAGCUCAAUGUGCUGGGGAGCAGAGGGCUACCACCUGUGGGUCAUCACCAGCAGAGAGGAAGCGGAGCUAGUAGAGAACAUGGAGGAGGCUCCUCCCCAGACCCAGCAGGCUUCCAUAUUGCAGUUCCACUUCAUCAAGAGCGCCCUCACUGUCAACCCCUGCACGGUGAGGUUAUGGACAUGCACACUCACACACACCUGCAACCCACUUACAGUGCCUCAGAAAGUAUUCACACCCCUUGACUUUUUCCACAUUUUGUUGUGUUACAAAGUGGGAUUAAAAUUGAUUUAAUUGUCAUUGUUUGUCAACGAUCUACACAAAAUACUUUAAUGUCGAAGUGGAAGAAAAAUUAUUUAUAUAUAUAUAUAUAUACAGUGGGGAAAAAAAGUAUUUAGUCAGCCACCAAUUGUGCAAGUUCUCCCACUUAAAAAGAUGAGAGGCCUGUAAUUUUCAUCAUAUGUACACAUCAACUAUGACAGACAAAAUGAGGAAAAAAAAAUCCAGAAAAUCACAUUGUAGGAUUUUUUAUGAAUUGAUUUGCAAAUUAUGGUGGAAAAUAAGUAUUUGGUCACCUACAAACAAGCAAGAUUUCUGGCUCUCACAGACCUGUAACUUCUUCUUUAAGAGGCUCCUCUGUCCUCCACUCGUUACCUGUAUUAAUGGCACCUGUUUGAACUUGUUAUCAGUAUAAAAGACACCUGUCCACAACCUCAAACAGUCACACUCCAAACUCCACUAUGGCCAAGACCAAAGAGCUGUCAAAGGACACCAGAAACAAAAUUGUAGACCUGCACCAGGCUGGGAAGACUGAAUCUGCAAUAGGUAAGCAGCUUGGUUUGAAGAAAUCAACUGUGGGAGCAAUUAUUAGGAAAUGGAAGACAUACACGACCACUGAUAAUCUCCCUCGAUCUGGGGCUCCACGCAAGAUCUCACCCUGUGGGGUCAAAAUGAUCACAAGAACGGUGAGCAAAAAUCCCAGAACCACACGGGGGGACCUAGUGAAUGACCUGCAGAGAGCUGGGACCAAAGUAACAAAGCCUACCAUCAGUAACACACUACGCCGCCAGAGACUCAAAUCCUGCAGUGCCAGACGUGUCCCCCUGCUUAAGCCAGUACAUGUCCAGGCCCGUCUGAAGUUUGCUAGAGUGCAUUUGGAUGAUCCAGAAGAGGAUUGGGAGAAUGUCAUAUGGUCAGAUGAAACCAAAAUAUAACUUUUUGGUAAAAACUCAACUCGUCGUGUUUGGAGGACAAAGAAUGCUGAGUUGCAUCCAAAGAACACCAUACCUACUGUGAAGCAUGGGGGUGGAAACAUCAUGCUUUGGGGCUGUUUUUCUGCAAAGGGACCAGGACGACUGAUCCGUGUAAAGGAAAGAAUGAAUGGGGCCAUGUAUCGUGAGAUUUUGAGUGAAAACCUCCUUCCAUCAGCAAGGGCAUUGAAGAUGAAACAUGGCUGGGUCUUUCAGCAUGACAAUGAUCCCAAACACACCGCCCGGGCAACGAAGGAGUGGCUUCGUAAGACUCAUUUCAAGGUCCUGGAGUGGCCUAGCCAGUCUACAGAUCUCAACCCCAUAGAAAAUCUUUGGAGGGAGUUGAAAGUCUGUGUUGCCCAGCGACAGCCCCAAAACAUCACUGCUCUAGAGGAGAUCUGCAUGGAGGAAUGGGCCAAAAUACCAGCAACAGUGUGUGAAAACCUUGUGAAGACUUACAGAAAACGUUUGACCUGUGUCAUUGCCAACAAAGGGUAUAUAACAAAGUAUUGAGAAACUUUUGUUAUUGACCAAAUACUUAUUUUCCACCAUAAUUUGCAAAUAAAUUCAUUAAAAAUCCUACAAUGUGAUUUUCUGGAGAAAAAAAAUCUCAUUUUGUCUGUCAUAGUUGACGUGUACCUAUGAUGAAAAUUACAGGCCUCUCUCAUCUUUUUAAGUGGGAGAACUUGCACAAUUGGUGGCUGACUAAAUACUUUUUUCCCCCACUGUAUAUAUACUUUAUUCUUUAUUUUUACAAUUAAUGGAAAAUAAAACACUAUCUUGAUUAGAUAAGUAUUCAACCUUGAGUCAAUACAUGUUAGAAUUAUUUGCCCAUUUAAAAAAAAAUAAAAAAUAUUCAAGCUCUGUCAAGUUGGAUGUUGAUCAUUGCUAGACAGCCAUUUUCAAGUCUUGCCCUAGAUUUUCAAGCCGAUUUUAAGUCAAAACUGUAAAUAGGCCGCUCAGGAACAUUCAAUGUCGUCUUGGUAAGCAACUCCAGUGUAUAUUUGGCCUUGUGUUUUAGGUUAAUGUCCUGCUGAAAGGUGAAUUUGUCUCCCAGUGUCUGUUAGAAAGCAGACUGAACCAGGUUUUCCUCUAGGACUUUGCCUGUGCUUAGCUCUAUUGUUUCUUUUUAUCCUAAAAAAAUCCCUAGUCCUUGCUGAUGACAAGCUUAUCCAUAAUGUGAUGCAGCCACCACCAUGCUUGGAAAAUAUGAAGUGUUACUCGGUGACGUGUUGGAUUUAACGCUUUGUAUUCAGGACAAAAAGUUCAUUUAUUUGCCACAUUUUUUGCAGUAUUUCUUUAGUGCCUUAUUGCAAACAGGAUGCAUGUUUUGGAAUAUUUGUAUUAUGUAGAAGCUUCCUUCUUUUCACUCUGUCAUUUAUGUUAAUAUUGUGGAGUAACUACAAUGUUGUUGAUCCAUCCUCAGUUAUCACAGCCAUUAAAUUCAGUAACUGCCUCUUCGGCAACUAAGUUAGGAAGGGCGCAUGUAUCUUUGUAGUGACUGGUUGUAUUGAUACACCAUCCAAAGUGUAAUUAAUUACUUCACCAUGCUCAAAGGGAUAUUCAAUAUCUGCUUUUUUGUUUAACCUCCCUGGUCUUUGUGGUUGAAUCUGUGUUUGAAAUUCACUGCUCGACUGAGGGACCUUACAGAUAAUUGUAUCUGUGGGGUACAAAGAUGGGGUAGUCAUAAAAAAAAAAAAAAAAAUGUUAAACACUAUUAUUGCACACAGAGUGAGUCCAUGCAACAUAUGUGACUUGUUAAGCACAUUUUUACUCCCAAACUUAUUUAGGCUUGCCAUAACAAAAUGGUUGAACGCUUAUUGACUCAAGACAUUUCAGCUUUUCAUUUUUUAUUAAUUUGUAAACAUUUCUAAAACCAUAAUUUAACUUUGACAUUAUGGGCCAGUGACAAAAAUAAUCUAAAUUUACUAAAUGUUUUAUUCAUGCUGCAACACAUCAAAAUGUGGAUAAAGUCCAGGGGUGUGAAUACUUUCUGAAGGCACUGUAUAUUGUGGUGUAUAAUACACAAGUGUACGAAAAAGUGAUGUAUUCUGCAUAGUCUUUUAUAUGAGGAAUAAUGAGUACCUGUUGUCUCCAGAAUAACCAGGAGCAGGUGUUACUGCACGGGGAGGACCGUCUCUACCUAACCUGUGGUGACCCCACCCAGCUCCCCUCUAGCAGCUCAGAGAGCCCCUACCCCCAUAACCUCCCCCACGGCGGGGAGGGCAGCCCCCCCCACCACCCCUCCACCCCCUCACCCAACUCUACCUCUCAGGGACUCAGCACUUUACUGGGACACAAGCACUGGCACGUUGUCCAGGUAAAACCUCAUACGCACUUCUUAGUUGGCUAUCUAUCUCAAGUUUAAUCGUUUUUUUAAAUUAUGUAAAAGUGUACAAUUUAUAGUCUAAGAAUCCCCUUCAGAUUUAGCGUUGAUAUGAGUUGUAUUAUCAUGUCAGUAAUACUCUCUCUCGUAGAUUCACAGUACAUACCUAGAGAACAACUGGCCUAUACGGGUGAGUCAGUGUGGGAAAUACUUCUACGUGUGUGUGUCUGAGAUUGAUUGUAGCCCAGCUAUAUAAAACAACAUUAGCCUGAGUAGGUAAAUCAAUAACGUUUGUCCAAUAUGUCCUCGUUCACUUUGCAGCUAUAGAUACAGUAGGAUCAUGAAUGAGGCUGUGUGUGUGUGUGUGUGCCUGUGUCUGUCUGUGUGUGUGUGUGUGUGUGUGUGUGUGUGUGUGUCUAGUAAAUGUAUCUAUUGAUGUCCCUGUGCGUCUCUAGUUUGCAGCCAUAGACACAGCAGGCCAGUGCAUAGCGGUAGCAGGGAGACGUGGAUUUGCACAUUACUCCAUGUCCACCAGGAAAUGGAAGUUGUUUGGGAACAUCACUCAGGAGCAGAACAUGACCGUUACAGGGGGGCUGGUCUGGUGGAAUGGCUUUGUUGUUGUUGCCUGUUACAACUUCAUCGACCAGCAAGAAGAGGUGAGACAAUACAACACAAUACAACACAAUACAACACAACACAACACAACACGACACGACACGACACGACACAAUACGACAUGACACAACACAAUAAACUAAUGGUCAAAAGUUUUAGAACACCUACUCAUUCAAGGGUUUUUCUUUAUUUUUUACUAUUUUCUACACUGUAGAAUAAUAGUGAAGACAUCAAAACGAUGAAAUAACAUAUGGAAUCAUGUAGUAACCAAAAAAGUGUUAAAGAAAUCAAAAUAUAUUUUAUAUUUGAGAUUCUUCAAAUAGCCACCCUUUGCCUUGAUGACAGCUUUGCACACUCGUGGCAUUCUGUCAACCAGCUUCACCUGGAAUGCUUUUCCAACAGUCGUGAAGGAGUUCCCACAUAUGCUGAGCAUUUGUUAGCUGCUUUUCAUUCACUCUGUGGUCCAACUCAUCCCAAACCAUCUCAAUUUGGUUGAGGUGUCACCAGCAAAGCAUCCCCACACCAUAACACCACCUCCUCCAUGCGUUACGGUGGGAAAUACACAUGCGGAGAUCAUCCGUUCACCCACACCACGUCUCACAAAGACACGGUGGUUGGAACCAAAAAUCUAAAAUUUAGACUCCAGACCAAAGGACAAAUUUCCACUGGUCUAUUGUCCAUUGCUCGUGUUUCUUGGCCCAAGCAAGUCUCUUCUUAUUAUUGGUGUCCUUUAGUAGUGGUUUCUUUGCAGAAAUUCGACUAUGAAGGCCUGAUUCACACAGUCUCCUCUGAACAUUUGAUGUUGAGAUGUGUCUGUUACUUGAACUCUGUGAAGCAUUUAUUUGGGCUGCAAUUUCUGAGGCUGGUAACUCUAAUGAACUUAUCCUCUGCAGCAGAGGUAACUCUGGGUCUUCCAUUCCUGUGGCGGUCCUCAUGAGAGCCAGUUUCAUCAUAGUGCUUGAUGGUUUUUGCGACUGCACUUGUAGAAACGUUCAAAGUUCUUAAAUGUACCGUAUUGACUGACCUUCAUGUCUUAAAGUAAUGAUGGACUGUCGUUUCUCUUUGCUUAUUUGAGCUGUUCUUGCCAUAAUAUGGACUUGGUCUUUUACCAAAUAGGACUAUCUUCUGUAUACCCCCCCCUACCUUGUUACAACACAACUGACUGGCUCAAACGCAUUAAGAAGGAAAGAAAUUCCACAAAUUAACUUUUAAGAAGGCAAACCUGUUAAUAUAAAUUCAUUCCAGGUGACUACCUCAUGAAGCUGGUUGAGAGAAUGCCAAGAGUGUGCAAAGCUGUCAUCAAGGCAAAGGGUGGCUAUUUGAAGAAUCUCAAAUAUAAAAUAUAUUUUGAUUUGUUUAACACUUUUUUGGUUACUACAUGAUUCCAUAUGUGUUAUUUCAUAGUUUUGAUGUCUUCACUAUUAUUCUACAAUGUAGAAAAUAGUAAAAAUAAAGAAAAACCCUUCAAUGAGUAGGUGUUCUAAAACUUUUGACCGGUAGUGUACAAUACACGACACGACACAAUACGACACGACCGAACACAAUACAAUACGACACGACACAAUACAAUAUGACACAACAGGAUACAACACGCCAGGACAGGACACAGAUAACUGACAAUCCAGCACAAUACCCCCCUUUUUUCACUACACCCUAUUCUCAUUGUGUUUAGAUGAAAUGUAGAGGGAUGAAUUGUAGAGUGACUGACUGACUGACAGACUGACUGACUGACUGACUGACUGACUGGCUGACUGACUGACUGAUUGAUUGAGAAUGUGUUUUCGCACCAGCUGUUGGAUUCAGUUAAUGAUUGAUUGAUUGGAUUGGAUUGACCGACUGAUUGAUUGAGAGACGAAAAGAACAACAGUAUUGAAUGUUUCUCCUGUCCUCCUGGCUAGCUGUGACUUUAUCUGAUUGGUGGAUAUAUACAGUAGAUGUAAUGAUUGUGCUAUUUCUCCCUGGCUAGCUGUGACUUUAUCUGAUUGGUGGAUAUAUACAGUAGAUGUAAUGAUUGUGCUAUUUCUCCCUGGCUAGCUGCGUCUGUACCUGCGGUCGUCUAACCUGGAUAAUACCUUCUCAUCCAUCACCAAGCUGCACUCUGACACUCUGCUGCUCAACGUGUUCAGAGACAUGAUCAUCCUCUUCAGAGCAGACUGCUCCAUCUGCCUCUACAGCAUUGAGAGGAGGCAUGACGGGUAGGCUGAUACACACAGUGCUGAGGACAGGCACAGGCAUGCACACCCACUCAUACUCAACAAACAAAAUCUCUCUCACUCUCACACACAACAUUACUAGCAGGACAGGACAGGUACUGAAUGUCACCUGACCGAGAAGGUCUCAGACAGUAAUCAGUACUGUUGUGAAGAGAAAGUCAGGUGGGGAAAAACCCAAUAAUACUUAUCACAUGAUGGGAUUUUUUACUUCAGCUCAUGAAACAUGUUACCAGUGUAGAUACGAAAAUAAAGAGAGUUUACACAAAUAAGGAAGUAAGAUAAAGUGACAAGAUGUCAUAGUAACCUACAAAACAGUUGAACAUUGGUUUGGGCCUUAACUGGGGUUGCGCUUUACAACUGACCAAUACAGUAAAUGCUACUAGUAGUGUAUUGAUUGUGUUUCCCUCUAUCGCUCCUGUGUGUGUGCAUCUCUGUCCGUAGGCCCAAUCCGUCAGCUAGUGUUGAGCUGCUUCAGGAGGUGUCCAUGUCUCGCUACAUUCCUCAUCCUGCACUGGUGGUGUCUGUCACCCUCACCUCCGUACGCACAGAGACGGGCAUCACGCUCAGAGCCCCACAGCAGGUACACACACAGACACCCUCACCUCCGUACGCACAGAGACGGGCAUCACGCUCAAAGCCCCACAGCAGGUACACACACAGACACACACCCUCACCUCCGUACGCACAGAGACCGGCAUCACGCUCAGAGCCCCACAGCAGGUACACACACAGACACACACCCUCACCUCCGUACGCACAGAGACCGGCAUCACGCUCAGAGCCCCACAGCAGGUACACACACAGACACCCUCACCUCCGUACGCACAGAGACCGGCAUCACGCUCAAAGCCCCACAGCAGGUACACACACAGACACACACCCUCACCUCCGUACGCACAGAGACCGGCAUCACGCUCAGAGCCCCACAGCAGGUACACACACAGACACACACCCUCACCUCCGUACGCACAGAGACCGGCAUCACGCUCAGAGCCCCACAGCAGGUACACACACAGACACACACUCUCACCUCCGUACGCACAGAGACCGGCAUCACGCUCAGAGCCCCACAGCAGGUACACACACAGACACACACCCUCACCUCCGUACGCACAGAGACGGCAUCACGCUCAGAGCCCCACAGCAGGUAGGAUUCAAUACACCUUUCCCACCGUGAACACGACACCUCAGUGUACUUCUCUCCCACUGACCCUCCCCCUCCUAGCACUUUUCUUUAACUCUUACUAAAGUGGCUAUUUUCAAGAAGGUUUUUACUUACAGUGAUCGUGAUAUGUGUGGUUGGUUUAACCUACCUUAAUUCUAUGUACUGAGUUGCUCUGGAUAACAACGUCUGCUAAAGGAUUCAAAUGUAAAUGUAUUAAUGUUUGUGUGUCCCUCUGUGCCCGUGACAGGCCUGUAUGGCAGACAGCAUCAUACUGAACCUGGCAGGCCAGCUAAUCAUGUUACAGAGAGACCGUUCUGGACCACAGUUACAAGAGAAGGAAGACCAGAAGAAACUGGUGAGUCCCAGUCACAUCCCCUAUUCACCUCCUAGCAGGGUUGGGGUCAAUUACAUUUCAAUUCAGUCAAGUGUACUUCCUGAAUGGAAAUGGAUUUGACCCCAAGCCUUCCCCCUAUUGAUAGUUGUCUUGGAUUGUCAGGUUAUAAUAUAUCUAACAAUAGGAAAUAAUCAUUACACCCAGCAACCAGUCACUUCAUUAUUGAUUAAUUAUUUGUAUCAUAAAUGAUACAUUAUAUAUUGUAGUUCUAGUGUGUGUGUGUGUGUGAGAGAGAGGUUGUUAUGGUGUGUAACUCUCUCUCCCUCCAGCUGAUGUUCUGUCCUCCAGUGGUUCUGGCCCAGUAUGUAGAGAAUGUGUGGACGACGUGUCGUAGUAGCGGGAAGAAGCGCCACCUACUGGAGGCUCUGUGGUUGUCGUGUGGAGAGGCUGGGAUGAAGGUAUGUUGCUGCUUCAUACUGCUAUCUGUUUUUACUACUUAUGUUGUGGAUUAUUGUCAUUUUUGUUGUUGUCUGUAAAUGGACAAAUAAAUUAACUAAACGUUGUCUUUGCUGGCUGCAAUGAUUCUACAAACCUAAUUUCCUUAUAUGAUGUUCUGUUAUCUUAUCUGAAGGUGUGGCUCCCCCUGUUCCCUCGUGACCAUCGUAAGCCCCACUCCUUCCUGUCCCGCCGCAUCAUGCUCCCCUUCCACAUCAACAUCUACCCCCUGGCCGUGCUGUUUGAAGACGCCCUGGUGCUGGGGGCCUCCAACGAGGUGGUGAGGAGGAAUAUAUGUGUUUUGUGGUCAUGUUCUAAAUAUAUAUAGUCGUUAUUCUUUGAGGGGGCUCCCUAAUGGACUGUGAUCGUAGACAGCCUUUGUCCGCGAUCAGUUUCAGAGUCAGAUUACUGAGGAGUGCGUUGUUGAAGAGCCUAGUGUUGGGGGCUAAGUAGAGACUGUGUUAUGAGGACUGCAGGUAGGGAGGAGGAGGAUUAAUGUAGUAGUAGUUAUUAUAUUAGUAGUAUUCCCUGGUGCUGGGGGCAUCUAAUGAGACUGUGAUCUAUGACAGCCUGCAGGUAGGGAGUAGUAGUAGUUAUUAUAGGAGGAGGAGGAGUAGUAGUAGUAGUAGUAGUAGUAGUAGUAGUAGUUAUUAUAGGAGGAGUAGUAGUAGUAGUUAUUAUAGGAGGAGUAGUAGUAGUAGUAGUAGUUAUUAUAGUAGUAGUAGUAGUAGUUAUUAUAGGAGGAGUAGUAGUUGUUAUAGUACAUUUACAUUUACAUUUUAGUCAUUUAGCAGACGCUCUUAUCCAGAGCGACUUACAGUUAGCACAUACAUUAUUUUAUCGAACCCACAACCCUGGCGUUGCAAACGCCAUGCUCUACCAACUGAGCUACAUCCCCUGCCGGCCAUUCCCUCCCCUACCCUGGACGACGCUGGGCCAAUUGUGCGCCGCCCCAUGGGUCUCCCGGUCGCGGCCGGCUACGACAGAGCCUGGAUAGUAGUAGUAUUCCCUGGUGCUGGGGGCCUCCAUUGAGACCUUGCUCUAUGAUGGCCUGCAGGUACUGUAGUAGGAGUGUUUGGGUCUGGGUGGGAUAGCUCGGAGCAUCUGCUCUUUUCUAUCCAUUGUUUAGAGCUUUGAUUGGUUGGCUUGGUGUAGGAGGAGCAUAAUGGUCAAGGCAUUUGUGUCAGAGAUCUGAAACUAUUUUUCUAGCUGUAUGUUCACUUUAUUUCAGGGAAAGCGAGUCAGUGGGCAGAUAAGAGGUUUAGAGAUACGAAUAUAUAUUUUUUAUAUUUUCUCCAGGGUCCCAGAGAGGGCUGGGAGUCACUAGAGGGGGUGUUCCCCUAUUGCACUGUGGAGAGGACCUCCCAGAUCUACCUCCACCACAUCCUGAGGCAACUCCUGGUCCGUAACCUGGGGGAGCAGGCCCUUCUCCUGGCCCAGUCCUGCGCAGCUCUCCCCUACUUCCCCCAUGUCAUGGAGCUCAUGGUCCACGUGGUGCUGGAGGAGGAAGCCACCUCCCGGGAGCCCAUCCCCGACCCGCUGCUGCCAACCGUGGCCAAGUUCAUCACCGAGUUCCCCCUGUUCCUCCAGGUAAGAGAGAGAGAUGUUGAUGGAGUGGUUAAUGGAUGUCGCCUAGUCUAGGACAUUAAAGGUCCUGAGUUGUGUUCCAAAUAGCAUCCUAUCACUACUUUUCACCUGGGCUCAUAGAGCUUGUAGUAUUUGAUUAGGAUCCCCAUUACUACUCUGGGCCUAAUGUAGCUCCGCCUGUGUGGUCCUGCUCCAGACAAUCGUGCACUGCGCCAGGAAGACAGAGUUCGCCCUGUGGAACUACCUGUUUGCUGCCGUGGGCAACCCCAAGGAUCUGUUUGAGGAGUGUCUGAUGGCUCAGGACCUGGACACAGCUGCAUCCUAUCUCAUUAUACUACAGGUAAACACUUAUCCACCUGGAUACAGCUGCAUCCUAUCUCAUUAUACUACAGGUAAACACUUAUCCACCUGGAUACAGCUGCAUCCUAUCUCAUUAUACUACAGGUAAACACUUAUCCACCUGGACACAGCUGCAUCCUAUCUCAUUAUACUACAGGUAAACACUUAUCCACCUGGACACCGCUGCAUCCUAUCUCAUUAUACCACAGGUAAACACUUAUCCACCUGGACACAGCUGCAUCCUAUCUCAUUAUACUACAGGUAAACACUUAUCCACCUGGAUACAGCUGCAUCCUAUCACAUCAUACUACAGGUAAACACUUAUCCACCUGGACACCGCUGCAUCCUAUCUCAUUAUACCACAGGUAAACACUUAUCCACCUGGACACAGCUGCAUCCUAUCUCAUUAUACUACAGGUAAACACUUAUCCACCUGGACACCGCUGCAUCCUAUCUCAUUAUACUACAGGUAAACACUUAUCCACCUGGACACAGCUGCAUCCUAUCUCAUUAUACUACAGGUAAACACUUAUCCACCUGGACACAGCUGCAUCAUAUCUCAUUAUACUACAGGUAAACACUUAUCCACCUGGACACAGCUGCAUCCUAUCUCAUUAUACUACAGGUAAACACUUAUCCACCUGGACACCGCUGCAUCCUAUCUCAUUAUACUACAGGUAAACACUUAUCCACCUGGACACCGCUGCAUCCUAUCUCAUUAUACUACAGGUAAACACUUAUCCACCUGGACACAGCUGCAUCCUAUCUCAUUAUACUACAGGUAAACACUUACCCACCUGGAUACCGCUGCAUCCUAUCUCAUUAUACUACAGGUAAACACUUAUCCACCUGGACACAGCUGCAUCCUAUCACAUCAUACUACAGGUAAACACUUAUCCACCUGGACACAGCUGCAUCCUAUCUCAUUAUACUACAGGUAAACACUUAUCCACCUGGACACAGCUGCAUCCUCUCAUUAUACUACAGGUAAACACUUAUCCACCUGGACACAGCUGCAUCCUAUCUCAUUAUACCACAGGUAAACAUACUCCCCUAUCUCAUAUCGUAAUAGCCAGAGGCAAACAUUAUUUAGAAAUGUGACUGGUAUCGGGGUUAGGGUUGGAGCCAGGGUUAAGGUUAGGGUUGGAGCCAGGGUUAAAGUUAGGGUUGGAGCCAGGGUUAAGGUUAGGGUUGGAGCCAGGGUUAAGGUUAGGGUUGGAGCCAGGGUUAAGGUUCGGGUUAAGGGUUAAGUAGUUAAAGGGCUUGUAUUGAUAAUGUGACUGUUGUCCUCAGAACAUGGAGGUUCCAGCAGUGAGCAGGCAACACGCUACGCUACUCUUCAACACGGCUCUGGAGCAGGGCAAGUGGGACCUCUGUCGUCACAUGAUCCGAUUCCUCAAAGCCAUUGGCUCUGGAGAGAUGGAGACCCCACCCCCAACACCAACCACUCAGGUACAGGAAGGAACAAAUGUAUCAUCGCUUUCUGUCUUCUAUCGCUGUCUUUCUACCUAUCUCUACUCUUGUCUCUCUUUCUGUGAUUGUCAGACAAUCUGACACGUUUCUUAGGAGUUAGACCUAAACAUCUUAACGCUUUAGUUUUAUCUAUGGGGAUAAUGGUUGAGAUGGUCUAAAACUACUGUAUAGAUUGAAGACUGGUCUUAAGGCUAUUGCCUCCACCUCUCUAUAAUUGGAUAUAGAUACCCAUAACUGGCUAUACGGUGUAUUUCCAUUUGUAUAGAAGCCUGCCGUUUCAGAGGCUUACUGGAUGAGUUUCCCCCUGAUAAUGAUCUGUCCUGUCAACAGGAACCCAGUUCGACAGGGGGUUUUGAGUUCUUCAGGAACCGCAGCGUCAGUCUGUCUCAGUCAGCUGACAGCAUCGCUUCUGGGAAGUUUAACCUCCAGAAGACCUUCAGCAUGCCCUCUGGGCCCUCCGCUAAGGGGUACGCCACAAACACACACACACACAUAUUUUCUUUGACAACUCCUCUCUUUAGGGAUCAUAGGAUCCAGAGAUCCAAAGGCAGCUUUUGUUUGUUGAGUAUCUAAUGCAGGGGUGUCAAACGUCCGGCCCACGGGCCGGAUCAGGCCCGCAAACGGGUUUAAUCCGGCCCGCGAGAUGAUUUUGAAAAAAUAAUAAUAAUAAUACUUUUGUAAAGUAUAAAAAUGCGCUGCAAUUUUUCUAUAAAAUAAACUGCUGUUCCAAUUGCGUCCACUGGAUGGCGCAAUAGCAAUUGUGUUAAGCAAGCAAACUGUUUAUACCGGGGCAGAGCAAGUAGGUCAAGCACGUGCAGCCAAUGAGCUACUUUGUUUUGCCCGCGAUAUUUAUUACGGCUUCUACUUUUAACAUUAUGUCCUUUGGCACCCUCAUUGCCCCAAUAUGUCUCUGUCAAAAAAGAGAAAAGUGGACGCAGAGUGCAGAGUGUUCCAAGAAAAAUGGUCAUCCUAUUUAUUCACGGAAUUGAAUGGGAAAGCUGUAUGUUUGGUGUGUUCAGAGCAUGUUGCAGUGCUGAAAGAAUAUAACCUUCGUCGCCACUAUGUGAGUCUUCAUGCCGACAAAUAUGACAACUUUCAAGGACAGCGGAGAUGAGAGAAGGUGAAUGAACUGUUGGGCGGGUCUGAAGAAACAGCAGUCUUGUUUACUACCGAGCAUCAGGAGCUGCGGAAGUAGACUAUUGUAUGAUGCCCUGGGGCCUCCAUGAGACUGUCUAUGAGGCCUGCAGGUACUAUAGGAGUUGGGUCUGGGGGAUAGCUCGGACAUCUGCUUUUUCUACCAUGUUUAGAGCUUGAUUGUUGCUGGUGUAGGAGGGCAUAAGGUCAAGGCUUUGGUCAGGAUCUGAAACUAUUUCUAGCGUAUGUUCACUUAUUUCAGGGAAAGCGAGUCAGUGGGCAGUAAGAGGUUUAGAGAUACGAAUAUAUAUUUUUUAUAUUUUCUCCAGGGUCCCAGAGAGGGCUGGGAGUCACUAGAGGGGGUGUUCCCCUAUUGCACUGUGGAGAGGACCUCCCAGAUCUACCUCCACCACAUCCUGAGGCAACUCCUGGUCCGUAACCUGGGGGAGCAGGCCCUUCUCCUGGCCCAGUCCUGCGCAGCUCUCCCCUACUUCCCCCAUGUCAUGGAGCUCAUGGUCCACGUGGGCUGGAGGAGGAAGCCACCUCCCGGGAGCCCAUCCCCGACCCGCUGCUGCCAACCGUGGCCAAGUUCAUCACCGAGUUCCCCCUGUUCCUCCAGGUAAGAGAGAGAGAUGUUGAUGGAGUGGUUAAUGGAUGUCGCCUAGUCUAGGACAUUAAAGGUCCUGCGUUGUGUUCCAAAUAGCAUCCUAUCACUACUUUUCACCUGGGCUCAUAGAGCUUGUAGUAUUUGAUUAGGAUCCCCAUUACUACUCUGGGCCUAAUGUAGCUCCGCCUGUGUGGUCCUGCUCCGACAAUCGUGGCACUGCGCCAGGAAGACAGAGGUUCGCCCUGUGGAACUACCUGUUUGCUGCCGUGGGAAACCCCAAGGAUCUGUUUGAGGAGUGGUCUAAAUGGCUAUGACUGGAACAGCUGCAUCCUAUCUCAUCAUACUACAGGGUAAACACUUAUCCACCUGGAACAGCUGCAUCCUAUCUCAUUAUUACACAGGUAAACACUUAUCCACCUGGAUACAGCUGCAUCCUAUCUCAUUAUACUACAGGUAAACACUUAUCCACCUGGAACAGCUGCAUACUAUCUCAUCAAUACUACAGGUAAAACACUUAUCCACCUGGACACACUGCAUCCUAUCUCAUUAUACUACAGGUAAACACUUAUCCACCUGGACACAGCUGCAUCCUAUCUCAUUAUACUACAGGAAAAACACUUAUCCACCUGGAUACAGCUGCAUACUAUCUCAUUAUACCACAGGUAAAAAACUUAUCCACCUGGACACAGCUGCAUCCUAUCCCAUUAUACUACAGGUAAACACUUAUCCACUGGACACCGCUGCAUCCUAUCUCAUUAUACCACAAGUAAACACUUAUCCACCUGGACACAGCUGCAUCCUAUCUCAUUAUACUACAGGUAAACACUUAUCCACCUGGACACCGCUGCAUCCUAUCUCAUUAUACUACAGGUAAACACUUAUCCACCUGGACACAGCUGCAUCCAUCUCAUUAUACUACAGGUAAACACUUAUCCACCUGGACACAGCUGCAUCCUAUCUCAUUAUACUACAGGUAAACACUUAUCCACCUGGACACAGCUGCAUCCUAUCUCAUUAUAUACAGGUAAACACUUAUCCACCUGGACACAGCUGCAUCCUAUCUCAUUAUACUAACGGUAAACACUUAUCCACCUGGACACAGCUGCAUCAUAUCUCAUUAUACUACAGGUAAACACUUAUCCACCUGGACACAGCUGCAUCCUAUCUCAUUAUACUACAGGUAAACAUUUUAUCCACCUGGGACACCGCUGCAUCCUAUCUCAUUAUACUACAGGUAAACACUUAUCCACCUGGACACCGCUGCAUCCUAUCUCAUUAUACUACAGGUAAACACUUAUCCACCUGGACACAGCUGCAUCCUAUCUCAUUAUACUACAGGUAAACACUUACCCACCUGGAUACCGCUGCAUACCUAUCUCAUUAUACUACAGGUAAAACACUUAUCCACAUGGACACAGCUGCAUCCUAUCACAUCAUACUACAGGUAAACACUUAUCCACCUGGACACAGCUGCAUCCUAUCUAAUUAUUACUACAGGUAAACACUUAUCCACUGGACACAGCUGCAUCCUCUCAUUAUACUACAGGUAAAACACUUAUCCACCUGGACACAGCUGCAUCCUAUCUCAUUAUACCACAGGUAAAACAUACUCCCCUAUCUCAUAUCGUAAUAGCCAGAGGCAAACAUUAUUUAGAAAUGUGACUGGUAUCGGGGUUAGGGUUGGAGCCAGGGUUAGGUAGGGUUGGAGCCAGGGGUUAAGUUAGGGUUGGAGCCAGGGUUAAGGUUAGGGUUGGAGCCAGGGUUAAGGUUAGGGUUGGAGCCAGGGUUUAAGGUUCGGGUUAAGGGUUAAGUAGUUAAAGGGCUUGUAUUGAUAAUGUGACUGUUGUCCUCAGAACAUGGAGGUUCCAGCAGUGAGCAGGCAACACGCUACGCUACUCUUCAACACGGCUCUGGAGCAGGGCAAGUGGGACCUCUGUCGUCACAUGAUCCGAUUCCUCAAAGCCAUUGGCUCUGGAGAGAUGGAGGACCCCACCCCCAACACCAACCACUCAGGUACAGGAAGGAACAAAUGUAUCAUCGCUUUCUGUCUUCUAUCGCUGUCUUUCUACCUAUCUCUACUCUUGUCUCUCUUUCUGUGAUUGUCAGACAAUCUGACACGUUUCUUAGGAGUUAGACCUAAACAUCUUAACGCUUAGUUUUAUCUAUGGGGAUAAUGGUUGAGAUGGUCUAAAACUACUGUAUAGAUUGAAGACUGGUCUUAAGGCUAUUGCCUCCACCUCUCUAUAAUUGGAUAUAGAUACCAUAAAACUGGCUAUACGGUUUGUAUUUCCAUUUGUAUAGAAGCCUGCCGUUUCAGAGGCCUACUGGAUGAGUUUCCCCCUGAUAAUGAUCUGUUCCUGUCAAACAGGAACCCAUUCGACAGGGGGUUUUGAGUUCUUCAGGAACCGCAGCGUCAGUCUGUCUCAGUCAGCUGACAGCAUCGCUUCUGGGAAGUUUAACCUCCAGAAGACCUUCAGCAUGCCCUCUGGGCCCUCCGCUAAGGGGUACGCCACAAACACACACACACACACACACACAUUUUCUUUGACAACUCCUCUCUUUAGGGUAUCUUUAGGGAUCAUAGGAUCCAGAGAUCCAAAGGCAGCUUUUGUUUGUUGAGUAUCUAAUGUGUACUGAGAGAUAUUCUCCUCUUCCAAAACAUUGUGACGUUCUCGGCUCAGUACACUGACCCCCGUCAGCUCAUUAAGGUGCAAUCAGGUCCUGAUUUGACUGAAAGUUUGAUGGAAUUGAGCCCAACUCUGGUAAAUCACUGUAUGUACUACAGGCCUUUGUCCUCAUAGCGAUAACUCCUCCUCCUAGGUCUGAGAGGUGGUCUAAGGACAGUGACUGUGCAGAGAACAUGUACAUAGACAUGAUGUUGAGGCGUCACGCCCGUCACCUCCUGGAGCACGUCAGACUGAAAGAGCUGGGUUGUUUCUCUGCCCAGCUGGGCUUCGAGCUGAUUGGCUGGCUGUGCCGCGAGCGCACGCGGGUGGCGCGGGUUGAUGACUUCGUCAUGGCGCUGAAGUGUCUCCACAAGGACUUCCUGUGGCCGUUUCCUGUCAUCCCAGCCUGCCCAUCAGCUCGCCUUUCAAGAACGGACACCGCAGGACAGGUGAGCGCCAGGGUUUGUUUGUGUGCGUGUGUGCAACCCUGUGUGUGUGUGUGUGUGUGUGUUUAGAUCAUUGGAAUACUUGUGAAAAUGUGUGUGACUGCUGGGGCUGCAGGGCUCUCUCUGUCUUAGCCUUGGCUGUCUGUCCCAUCACGCUCUGACUCAUUGUGUUUUUAUGCAAACUUUGUGACUGAGAAUACAUUUUUUUCUCAAGUCGCAUUUGUUUUUUAUCAUUCAAUUAAAUCUGACCCAGUGUGUGUUCCUCCCUCUUCUUCCAGUGCUGAGCCAGCGUCUACUGAAGUCCCAGUCAAUAGACAGCCUGUUGAACAGUGACAUGGACACAGCGCCCCCGCAGGCCGCAGCACGCAACAGCAACCACACCUGGCUAGACGGGCUGGGGACUCUGGGCCGGAGCCUAAAGAGAUGGACACUGCCUCGUCCCACGGGGGCCACAGACACAGGAGCCUCCUCCCCUCCACCAACAAAAAAGUAGUAUUUUAACAGAAGAUAGGAACACUUGAGACAAACUCUCUUCUCUAUCUCCCUCUCUUCUCUACCUCUCUAUCUCUCUCUACCUCUUCUCUAUCGCUCUACCUCUCUCUCUCUACCUCUUCUCUCUCGCUCUCGUCUACCUCUCGUCUACUCUCCUCUCUACCUCUCACUCUACCUUCUACCUCUACCUCUCACCUACCUCUCUCUACCUCUUCUCUAUCACUCUACUCUACUCUCUCUCUACCUCCAUCCUCACCCUUCUACCAUCCUCUAUCAUACCGCUCCUAUCGCUCUACGCUUCCUAUCGCUCUACCGCUUCUCUACCGCUUCUAUACCGCUUCUCUACCUCUAUCGCCUCUAAAACCCCUUCUCUAUCUCUACCAGCUUCUCUAUCGCUCUCCUACUUGCUUCUUAACGCUCUCUCUACCUCUAUCGCUCACCGCUUCUCUAUCUCCUCUACCGCUUCUCUAUCGCUCUACCGCUUCUCUAUCGCUCUCUACGCUCUCCCUCUCUACGCUCUCCUACCUCUAUCGCUCUACCGCUUAUAUAUCGCUCUUACCGCUAUCGCUCUAUCGCUUACCGCUCUCUAUCGCUCUACCGUUCUCUAUCGCUCUACCGCUUCUCUAUAUCUCUAUCUCUUCUCUAUCGCUUCACCUACCCUCUCAAUCGUUCUAACUCUAACUCUCUUCCUCUCUCUCUUCAAGUGGAGGAGUGCAAUAUCGUUCUUGCCACCAGACCUGACAGAGACCGCACAUGGUGGAUGGGUUGACCAAUGGUGGAUGAGAACUUCUCUACACUCAGUUCCGACCCCACUCUGACUGAACCUCUCUCAUGGAGCUGGCAAACAAGGGACCACACAAGUCCCGGCCCAGACUACGUAACCUGUCUCCCACUCAUAGGAAAUAUAUCAGUGACAUGAUUCUAGUUCAUUUGACGUCCCAUCAAGCGGCCAUUUGCAUAAACAGCUAAGUGUUUUCCCAUAUAAAAGGGUUUACCUUACAGGGAUAAUUCCUCUACUAAGGAAUUUUAAGGGUUUGCAUAGAGCCCCUAAACAUUUCUUUAAAAAAUUUAAAGGGGUUUUUUAGUUGAAUUUUUGCAGGAAAACUAAAAAAACCGGGGGUUUAAUUUCAAGUCAAAAUUUUCUUAGGGAAGGAAAAAUUUAAGGUUAGGUUUGGAAGCUUAAAAAAAAAAUCUAAUACCAAAUUUUCAGACGAAUCUAUCAAAAGACACUUUUAAAUUAAAGGUUUUGUUUAAGGGGAGCGAAAUUGGGCUAAAAACAGGUGGAGAACCAAAAACUUCUACAUUAACAGAAAUUAAGAUAAAAAGUUUCUUUACUAUUUUUUCCUUUUAAAUCUUUACACUCCAUUACAUUUUCAUAGAUACCACCCUACCCCAACCCUUAGGAAUCUUUUUAUAUUUUAAAAUGCACUGGUUUUCCUUUACCAAGCAACCCCCCCACCCCACUCCACAUCCCGACCCUUUUCUUCUUAAGGGUUUGCAAGCCCCCUUUCCGGCCACCUUUGAAAUUUUUCUUAAGGAAACCCCCACAACCCGGUUAAACCCCACCACCCAAGACCAACCGCCACCUUCCCUCCCGGACACUGGGCCAAUUUUUUUGGGCCACUUGUUGGGGAACAGGAUUUCAUUUAUUUUUAUCUACAUUUCUGCCUGAGAAAUGACACCCUGAUAUAGUUCUGUGAUCUGUGAAACAGUUCUGUUAAUCACUGAGGCAUUGUGUGUUUGUGUUCUUUUUCUUUAGAAUUUUCAAAUAAACUUGACGUGUUUUAUGAUUAAUAGUGAUGUUGUGCUUGUACUAUUUUGGACACACUGUCCUCAGGCUCCAGCUUUAUGUUGUAUGUUGAUCGUAUUAAAACAAAGAAAACAAUCUGAAGUUGUUGUUUUUAAGUUAUAUAUACCAUGAUUUUUCCGGUCCGGCCCAUUUGGGAAUAGAUUUUCCUCCAUGUGGCCCCUGAGCUAAAAUGAGUUUGACACCCCUGAUCUAAUGUGUACUGAGAGAUAUUCUCCUCUUCUAAACCAUUGUGACGUUCUCGGCUCAGUACACUGACCCCCCGUCAGCUCAUUAAGGUGCAAUCAGGUCCUGAUUUGACUGAAAGUUUGAUGGAAUUGAGCCCAACUCUGGUAAAUCACUGUAUAUACUACAGGCCUUUGUCCUCAUAGCGAUAACUCCUCCUCCUAGGUCUGAGAGGUGGUCUAAGGACAGUGACUGUGCAGAGAACAUGUACAUAGACAUGAUGUUGAGGCGUCACGCCCGUCACCUCCUGGAGCACGUCAGACUGAAAGAGCUGGGUUGUUUCUCUGCCCAGCUGGGCUUCGAGCUGAUUGGCUGGCUGUGCCGCGAGCGCACGCGGGUGGCGCGGGUUGAUGACUUCGUCAUGGCGCUGAAGUGUCUCCACAAGGACUUCCUGUGGCCGUUUCCUGUCAUCCCAGCCUGCUCCAUCAGCUCGCCUUUCAAGAACGGACACCGCAGGACAGGUGAGCGCCAGGGUUUGUGUGCGUGUGUGCAACCCUGUGUGUGUGUGUGUGUUUAGAUCAUUGGAAUACUUGUGAAAAUGUGUGUGACUGCUGGGGCUGCAGGGGCUCUCUCUGUCUUAGCCUUGGCUGUCUGUCCCCAUCACGCUCUGACUCAUUGUGUUUUUAUGCAAACUUUGUGACUGAGAAUACAUUUUUUUCUCAAGUCGCAUUUGUUUUUUAUCAUUCAAUAAAAUCUGACCCAGUGUGUGUUCCUCCCUCUUCUUCCAGUGCUGAGCCAGCGUCUACUGAAGUCCCAGUCAAUAGACAGCCUGUUGAACAGUGACAUGGACACAGCGCCCCCGCAGGUCGCAGCACACAACAGCAACCACAACCACACCUGGCUAGACGGGCUGGGGACUCUGGGGCCGGAGCCUAAAGAGAUGGACACUGCCUCGUCCCACGGGGGGCCACAGACACAGGAGGCCUUCCUCUCUCCACUAACAAACAAAAGUAAGUAGUCUUCAACAGAAGAUAGGAACACUUGAGACGAACUCUCUUCUCUAUCUCCCUCUCUUCUCUACCUCUCUAUCUCUCUCUACCUCUUCUCUCUCGCUCUCGCUCUACCUCUCUCGCUCUACCUCUCUCUACCUCUACCUCUCACUCUCUACCUCUCACUCUACCUCUCUCUACCUCUAUCACUACAUCUACCUCUCUCUCUACCUCUAUCGCUCUACCGCUUCUCUACCGCUCUCUCUACCUCUAUCGCUCUACCGCUUCUCUAUCGCUCUACCGCUUCUCUAUUGCUCUACCGCUUCUCUAUCGCUCUACCGCUUCUCUAUCGCUCUACCGCUUCUCUAUCGCUCUACCGCUUCUCUAUCGCUCUACCGCUUCUCUAUCGCUCUACCGCUUCUCUACCGCUCUCUCUACCUCUAUCGCUCUACCGCUUCUCUAUCGCUCUACCGCUUCUCUAUCGCUCUACCGCUUCUCUAUCGCUCUACCGCUUCUCUAUCGCUCUACCGCUUCUCUAUCGCUCUACCGCUUCUCUACCGCUCUCUCUACCUCUAUCGCUCUACCGCUUCUCUAUCGCUCUAUCGCUCUACCGCUCUCUCUACCUCAAUCGCUCUACCGCUGCUCUAUCGCUCUACCGCUUCUCUAUCGCUCUACCGCUUCUAUCGCUCUACCGCUUCUCUAUAUCUCUAUCUCUUCUCUAUCGCUCUACCUCAACCUCUCGAUCGUUCUACCUCUACCUCUCUCUCUCUCUCUCUCAAGUGGAGGAGUGCAGUAUCGGUUCUGCCACAGACCUGACAGAGACCAGCAGCAUGGUGGAUGGAGAUUGGACCAUGGUGGAUGAGAACUUCUCUACACUCAGUCUGACCCACUCUGAGCUGGAACACUUCUCCAUGGAGCUGGCAAACAAGGGACCACACAAGUCCCAGGUCCAGCUACGGUAAGCCUGUCCUCCCACUCAUAGGAAAUAUAUCAGUAGACAGGAUUUCUAGUUCUAUUUGACGUCCCAAUCAGAGCAGGGUCUAUUUGCAUAAAACAGCUUAAGUGUUUUCCCUUAAGGGUUUACCUUAAGGAAUAAUUUCCUCUUACCUAAGGGAAUUGUUUAAGGGUGUUGCAUAGAGCCCCUCAAACAUUUCCUUAGGUAAGAGCAUCAUUUAAGGGUUUUAUGGUAGUUUGAAGGCAUGUACAGCAGAAAGAGUCUCCAAUUACCACGGAGACAACCUGAUUCACUGACUGAACAUCUCAUCAAAGAGAUCACAUUUAUCAAAACUGGAUGGUCUUCAGAGAUAGAUGGGAGGGGUUGAGGGUAGCUGAAGGAUGGGACUAAAAACAUUUUGGGAGAUCGCAUAAUAGAACUUCUACAUUCAAGACAGGAGUAACGUUGAUUCAGAAGAUAAUACACGUUUCUUGUAGUUACUUUUUUCUCAACUUGUGUCUAUUACUUUCUAGCACGUCCAGCUAACUUACAGAGUAGGUAGCCAGCUAGCCAGCUAGCCUUGUAGCCAUGGAUUGUGCACUUUAUAUGGUUUAACUACAUAGCUAGCUGGUGGAUGUUUUCUUUUUUUAACCAGGGCAGAGGAAAGCAACAUUCACCUCCACACAUGCUGUUUCCAUUGAUAUCCAUACUGAAUGAAGCACGUAAGGGACCUCAUGGGUACCCUUAACUUUUUCACUUAAUUUAAGGGGGAAAUUCGCCUUAAAAUGUUUUGUGCAACUGAUUAAAUUUAAGAAAACUUUAAGGGAAAAGAUAUGGGGAAAAUUAACUUAAGGUGUUUUAUGCAACCAGGCCCUGUACUUUACUAUUUAUAGGCAGGUAGCUUAGUGGUUAAGAGCGUUGUGCCAGUAACCGAAAGGUCGCUGGUUCUAAUCCCCGAGCUGACUAGGUGAAAAAUCUGUCUGUGCCCUUGAGCAAGGCACUUAACCCUAAUUGCUCCUGUAAGAGCGUCUGCUAAAUGACUAAAAUGUAAAUGUAUAUAUUUUUUACAACUUUUACUUCACUACAUUCCUAAAGAAAAUAAUGUACUUUUUUACUCCAUACAUUUUCCCUGAUACCCAAAAAUACUUGUUACAUUUUUAAUGCUUAGCAGGACAGGAAAAUUGUCAAAUUCACGCACUAAUCAAGAGAACAUCCUUGGUCAUCCCUACUGCCUCUGAUCUGGUGGACUCACUAAACACAAACGCUUUGUUUGUCAAAUAUGUCUGUGUCGGAGUGUGCCCCUGGCUAUCCGUAAAUUUUUAAAAUAAAGAAAAUUGUGCCGUCUGGUUUGCUUAAUAUAAGGAAUUUGAAAAGAUUUUUACGUUUUGAUACUUAAGUAUAUUUUAGCAAUUACAUUUACUUUUGAUACUUAAGUUUAAGACCAAAUACUUUUAGACUUUUACUCAAGCAGUGUUUUACUGGAUGACUUUCACUUUUACACUGCUAAAAAAAAAAUAAAGGGAACACUUAAACAACACAAUGUAACUCCAAGUCAAUCACACUUCUGUGAAAUCAAACUGUCCACUUAGGAAGCAACACUGAUUGACAAUAAAUGUCACAUGCUGUUGUGCAAAUGGAAUAGACAACAGGUGGAAAUUAUAGGCAAUUAGCAAGACACCCCCAAUAAAGGACUGGUUUUGCAGGUGGUGACCACAGACCACUUCUCAGUUCCUAUGCUUCCUGGCUGAUGUUUUGGUCACUUUUGAAUGCUGGCGGUGCUUUCACUCUAGUGGUAGCAUGAGACGGAGUCUACAACCCACACAAGUGGCUCAGGUAGUGCAGCUCAUCCAGGAUGGCACAUCAAUGCGAGCUGUGGCAAGAAGAUUUGCUGUGUCUGUCAGCGUAGUGUCCAGAGCAUGGAGGCGCUACCAGGAGACAGGCCAGUACAUCAGGAGACGUGGAGGAGGCCGUAGGAGGGCAACAACCCAGCAUCAGGACUGCUACCUCUGCCUUUGUGCAAGGAGGAGCAGGAGGAGCACUGCCAGAGCCCUGCAAAAUGACCUCCAGCAGGCCACAAAUGUGCAUGUGUCUGCUCAAACGGUCAGAAAUAGACUCCAUGAGGGUGGUAUGAGGGCCCGACGUCCACAGGUGGGGGUUGUGCUUACAGCCCAACACCGUGCAGGACAUUUGGCAUUUGCCAGAGAACACCAAGAUUGGCAAAUUCGCCACUGGCGCCCUGUGCUCUUCACAGAUGAAAGCAGGUUCACACUGAGCACAUGUGACAGACGUGACAGAGUCUGGAGACGCCGUGGAGAACGUUCUGCUGCCUGCAACAUCCUCCAGCAUGACCGGUUUGGCGGUGGGUCAGUCAUGGUGUGGGGUGGCAUUUCUUUGGGGGGCCGCACAGCCCUCCAUGUGCUCGCCAGAGGUAGCCUGACUGCCAUUAGGUACCGAGAUGAGAUCCUCAGACCCCUUGUGAGACCAUAUGCUGGUGCGGUUGGCCCUGGGUUCCUCCUAAUGCAAGACAAUGCUAGACCUCAUGUGGCUGGAGUGUGUCAGCAGUUCCUGCAAGAGGAAGGCAUUGAUGCUAUGGACUGGCCCGCCCAUUCCCCAGACCUGAAUCCAAUUGAGCACAUCUGGGACAUCAUGUCUCGCUCCAUCCACCAACGCCACGUUGCACCACAGACGGAGUUGGCGGAUGCUUUAGUCCAGGUCUGGGAGGAGAUCCCUCAGGAGACCAUCCGCCACCUCAUCAGGAGCAUGCCCAGGCGUUGUAGGGAGGUCAUACAGGCACGUGGAGGCCACACACACUACUGAGCCUCAUUUUGACUUGUUUUAAGGACAUUACAUCAAAGUUGGAUCAGCCUGUAGUGUGGUUUUCCACUUUAAUUUUGAGGGUGACUCCAAGUCCAGACCUCCAUGGGUUGAUAAAUUUGAUUUCCAUUGAUCAUUUUUGUGUGAUUUUGUUGUCAGCACAUUCAACUAUGUAAAGAAAAAAGUAUUUAAUAAGAUUAUUUCAUUCAUUCAGAUCUAGGAUGUGUUAUUUUAGUGUUCCCUUUAUUUUUUUGAGCAGUGUACUUGAGUCAAUUUCUAAGAAGGUAUCUUUUACUCAAGCAUGACAAUCGAGGACUUUUUCCACCACUGCUAUUAGGUGCUACUAAUACUCCUCCACCCCACUUCCCAUCCCAACCUAGCUAGACGUAUGGCUGCGGUGACCUAUUAGUUUGUGUCUGUGUGUUGGUUUCAUAUGUAGGUUUGUGUAUAUCUUGUGAUUUGUCAGCCUUUGCUUGUGUAUCCUUAGGUAGGUUCCCUGGACACAGAUUAAGCCUAUCCUGGACUCAGAUGGACUAAAUGGAGAAUCUCCAUUGAUCAUGCUUCUUAGUGUAGGACUAGGCUUACUCUGUGUGUGGGAAAGCAGUCCCUUAUGUAUCAUGCCUCAUAGCUUAUCUCUCUGUCCUCAGGUACCUGCUGCAUGUGUUCAUGGAGGCGGGCUGUCUGGAGUGGUGCGUUAUGAUUGGUCUGAUCCUGAGAGAGGCCACAGUCAUCAUGCAGGUGGUCAACUUCCUGGACAGCCCAGAGGUUCCUCCUGAGACAGUCCAAAGUGUCCGUUCCGGCCUGCUGGGGGUCGACGCAUGGGCCUCCACAGACUGGUCAGUGUCUCUGUCACUCUCUCCUUCUUUCUCUCCCUCUGCACAAAUUGUAAAAUCAAAGUCCAACCAGAAUAACUUUCUGUGUACAGUGCUCUGUUUAUUCUAACAUUUUCACCGCAUUGUCAAGUGUUUAUAGGUUCAGAACUUUUGUGAAACUGCACAGUCAAAAUAUAUAUGGCAAAUAGAAAUCAAAACUGGAUGGUCUUCAGAGAUAGAUGGGAGGGGUUGAGGGUAGCUGAAGGAUGGGACUAAAAACAAACAAAAGAUAACUACUUGAAAAUACACUGUGUCCGUACAAUUUAGAUAGGCUUCUACUUCCAGUUUGUACAUACGAAGUGUUGUUGUCCAUUAGUUUACUCCAAUUAAGGGAGGGGUGGUAGGGUUAGGGGAAAAGAAUAAAGGAAAAUAUAUUUAAAAAUAUAUGUUUUUUAUUUAUUUAUGUACUGUACCAGUCAAAAGUUUGGACACACCUACUCAUUCCAGGGUUUUUCUUUAUUUUUACUAUUUUCUACAUUGUAGAAUAAUAGUGAAGACAUCAAAACUAUGAAAUAACACAUAUGGAAUCAUGUAGUAACCAAAAAAGUGUUAAACAAAUCAAAAUAUAUUUGAGAUUCUUCAAAGUAGCCACCCUUUGCCUUGAUGACAGCUUUGCACACUCUUGGCAUUCUCCCAAGCAGCUUCAUGAGGUAGUCACCUGGAAUGCAUUUCAAUUAACAGGUGUGCCUUCUUAAAAGUUCAUUUGUGGAAUUUAUUUCCUUCUUAAUGCGUUUGAGCCAAUCAGUUGUGUUAUGACAAGGUAUACAGAAGAUAGCCCUAUUUGGUAAAAGACCAAAGUCCAUAUUAUGGCAAGAACAGCUCAAAUAAGCAAAGAGAAAUGACAGUCCAUCAUUACUUUAAGACAUGAAGGUCAGUCAAUACGGUACAUUUCAAGAACUUUGAAAGUUUCUUCAAGUGCAGUCGCAAAAACCAUCAAGCGCUAUGAUGAAACUGGCUCUCAUGAGGACCACCACAGGAAUGGAAGACCCAGAGAUACCGCUGCUGCAGAGGAUGAUCUCCGCAUGUGUGGUUCCCACCGUGACGCAUGGAGGAGGAGGUGUGAUGGUGUGGGGGUGCUUUGCUGGUGACACUGCCAGUGAUUUAUUUAGAAUUCAAGGCGCACUUAACCAGCAUGGCUACCACAGCAUUCUGCAGCGAUACGCCAUCCCAUCUGGUUUGGGCUUAGUGGGACUAUCAUUUGUUUUUCAACAGGACAAUGACCCAAAAAACACACUUCCAGGCUGUGUAAGGGCUAUUUUACCAAGAAGGAGAGUGAUGGAGUGCUGCAUCAGAUGACCUGGCCUCCACAAUCACCCGACCUCAACCCAAUUGAGAUGGUUUGGGAUGAGUUGGACCGCAGAGUGAAGGAAAAGCAGCCAACAAGUGCUCAGCAUAUGUGGGAACUCCUUCAAGACUGUUGGAAAAGCAUUCCUCAUGAAGCUGGUUGAGAGACUGCCAAGAGUGUGCAAAGGGUGACUACAUUGAAUAAUCUCAAAUAUAAAAUAUAUUUUGAUUUGUUUAACACUUUUUUUGGUUACUACGUGAUUCCAUAUGUGUUAUUUCAUAGUUUCGAUGUCUUCACUAUUAUUCUACAGUGUGGAAAAUAGUAAAAAUAAAGAAAAACCCUUGAAUGAGUAGGUGUGUCCAAACUUUUGACUGGUACUGUAAGUAUUCAGACCCUUUAAUCAGUACUUUGUUGAAGCACCUUUGGCAGCGAUUACAGCAUCGAGUCUUCUUGGUAAUGACGCUACAAGCUUGGCACAUCUGUAUUUGGGGAGUUUCUCCCAUUCUUCUCUGCAGUGCCUCUCCAGGUCUGUCAGGUUGGAUGGGGAGCAUUGCUUCACAGCUAUUGUCAGGUCUCUCCAGAGAUGUUCGAUCAGGUUCAAGUCCAGGCUCUGGCUGGGCCACUCAAGGACAUUCAGAGACUUGUCCCGAAGCCACUCCUGCGUUGUCUUGGCUGUGUGCUUAGGGUCGUUGUCCUGUUGGAAAGUGAACCUUCGCCCCAGUCUGAGGUCCUGAGUGCUCUGGAGCAGGUUUUCAUCAAGGAUCUCUCUGUACUUUGCUCCGUUCAUCUUUGCCUCGAUCCUGACUAGUCUCCCAGUCCCUGCCGCUGAAAAACCUCCCCACAGCAUGAUGCUGCCACCACCAUGCUUCACCGAAGGGAUGGUGCCAGGUUUCCUCCAGCCGUGACGCUUGGCAUUCAGGCCAAAGAGUUCAAUCUUGGUUUCAACAGACCAGAGAAUCUUGUUUCUCAUGGUCUGAGAGUCUUAAGGUGCCUUUUGGCAAACUCCAAGCGGGCUGUCAUGUGCCUUUUACUGAGGAGUGACUUCCGUCUGGCCACUCUACCAUAAAGGCCUGAUUGGUGGAGUGCUGCAGAGAUGGUUGUCCUACUGGAAGGUUCUCCCAUCUCCACAGAGGAACUCUGGAGCUCUGUCAGAGUGAGCAUUGGGUUCUUUGUCACCUCCCUGACAAAGGCCCUUCUCCCCUGGUUGCUCAGUUUGGCCGGGCGGCCAGCUCUAGAAAGAGUCUGGGUGGUUCCAAACUUCUUCCAUUUAAGAAUGAUGGAGGCCACUGUGUUCUUGGGGACCUUCAAUGCUGCAGACAUUUUUUGGUACCCUUCCCCAGAUCUGUGCCUCGACACAAUCCUGUCUCGGACCUCUACAGUCAAUUCCUUCGACCUCAUCUUGGUUUUUGCUCUGACAUGCAUUGUCAACUGUGGGACCUUAUAUAGACAAGCGUAUGCCUUUCCAAAUCAUGUCCAAUCAAUUGAAUUUACCACAGGUGGACUCCAAGUUGUAAUAACAUCUCAAGGAUUAUCAAUGUAAACAGGAUGCACCUGAGCUCAAUUUUGAGUCUCAUAGCAAAGGGUCUGAAUACUUAUGUAAAUUAGGUAUUUCUGUUUUUUAUUUUUUUAUAAAUUUGCCAACAUUUCUAAAACCUGUUUUUGCUUUGUCGUUAUGGGGUAUUGUGUGUAGAUUGCUGAGGAUAAUAUUUUUAAAAUCAAUUUUAGAAAAAGGCUGUAAUGUAACACUGUGGAAAAAGUCAAGGGGUCUAAAACUACUUUCCGAAGGCACUGUGUGUGUAUGUGUCUAGCUGCAAUAAUAAAGCUGAUCUACCCCCUAAAAUAAUAGUUAAUAAUAUUUGUAUUCAUCCAGACCACUAGUGGAACUGUGGUGUAAAGGAUGUUACAUGUUCUAUAGCAGCUAUGGCAAAGGCACAGUGAAGGUCAUGAAUGUUGUGAUCUGGAUACUGACUCCUCCUCCCCUCUCCACUCCCUGUAGCCUGGGCUAUAAGCCCUUCCUGAACAUGAUCCGGCCCCAGCUGCAGAAGCUCAUAGAGACUUCUGUAGAUCAGAUCCAGCCUGAAGCCUUCCUGCCAGGGGCUUCCAACCCCAACUCCAAGCUGGCUGAGCCCCAGCCCGGAGACCCCAGGGUAGAAGACAGUAGGGGGCCUGCUCCCCUAGGUCUGGCCCUUCCUCUGGAGCCCCCUGGGGGGUUAGGGACCGAGGACGGAGGAGCUCCAGAGGAGCAGGAGGAGCAGGCGGUGGAUGAGGGGGCGUAUGACUGCACUUUGUCCUGACAUGCCCUGUCCUGACCUGGGUCGUGUUCAUUAGGCACCAAACGGAAGAAAAUGGACUGAAACAGGGAGGGACUGACUACAUGGACUUAAACUUUUUUGCUACAGUAAGCCCUGAUGAAUACAGACUUUUUCUGACCUCUGACCUUGCUGGGCGGGUGUGUGAUGGGACACAGGAUGAGGAUGAGGAAGAGGAGGAGGAGGAAAGCUGCACUGGAAGCCUCAAAGAUUAAACACUGCAUUGUGUGUCGAACCCGUUUGUUGGCUGACGUGGACUCUGAUAUGUUGUGUUGACCAUGAGUGUGUGUGUAUGAAACUGAAUGUGUGUGUAUGAGACUGAGUGUGUGUGUAUGAGACUGAAUGUGCGUGUGUGUGUGUGUAUGAGACUGUGUGUGUGCUUGUUUGUGUCAUGGUUUUGUGUGUAUUACUACACUGGGUGUGUAACAGUUGGAAGACUCAAACGCAAGAGAACAUUCUCGACUUUCUUCUCUCCUGUCCGGAUACUCGUCCAUCCCAGUGCUGGAGCAGGGUCGGUCAGUCUGUCUGUCUGUGAGUGAGUGGGCUCCUGUGGUUAAGAGUGUCAGUAUUGUCCAGUUGAUUAUGGACUUGAGUCACUGCAGACAAUGUUAGUCAGGACACAGCCAAUUCAUAACACAAAAACAAAUGCUUACCUAAAAUAUAGAUACAAAAAAAGGAAUUUGAUCACAGACCAGGGUUUACCAGACUGAGUUUGGGCUAGUCAGGCUUUAUUCCGGGAUUAAGUGUUCAACCACAAAGCAGGCAGUUUGUGUUGCAAGUUAGCUUUUUACCAAAAUGUUCAGAUCAGAGAAACCCUGUCUGUGUUGCAGUCUGGAUCGUGCUGGUCUGGGCUAUAGUGUCUGUCUAGAUAGAAAUGUCAGAUCGCUGUGACGACGUGCUGGGCGGAGAGCGAUAAAAAGCAUCUGGGAUAUUAUCAGUUAGACAUGUCACACAUCAGUGGUGGAACAAGGACCCAAUUGUCAUACUUGAGUAAAAGUAAAGAUACCGUAAUAGAAAAUUACUCAAGUGAAAGUCACCCAGUAAAAUACUACUUGAGUAAAAGUCUAAAAGUAUUUGGUUUUAAAUUUACUUAAGUAUCAAAAGUAAAUUUUAUUGCACAAAUAUACUUAAGUAUCAAAAGUAAAAGUAUAAAUCAUUUCACAUUAUAUUACGCAAACCAGACAGCACUUUUUUUUUUAUAAAUGGUAAAGUACUUUACACCACUGUCACAUAUGAAGCUUUAUUGGCGCUCCUUCCACAUUACAGAAAAUUCAACCUGUAUAUUUUUGUCACAGUUUGUGCAACGGUCUAUUGUCCUUUGUUGUGGAGGAGAUCAGAUAUAACUUUUGGCAAGGAACCAACCAUGGUCAACUGUGUGUGCUGGACAAGUUCCGAACAUUUUUA